UCCUCCCGUAACAACAUUCGAAACCUGGUAUCAAACCAAAGAACUUGGCGCAAACCACACCUUUUUGCUCAGACGUCGUUCUUGAUAUCUGAGCUCUACCCAACCCUACCAACCUUCCUACAACACCUAAACAACAAGAAACAACACCCACGACCACACCAAAAACAACCGCCAAAAUGGAACCAAUACACCUAAUCCUCCGCGCCCUCCAGCUCCUCUUCCUCAUCAUCCUCACCGGCCUCAUCGGCAACGUCAUCGCCCUAGACGUCGCCGCCUCCUCCACCGCCCGCGCCGCCAUCAACUUCUCCAUGUUCGUCAUCGUGCUCUCGUGGCUGGCCGCCCUAUUCGGCCUGGCCGCAGCCUUAUUCCAGCGCAUCGCCAUCCCGCUCGUGAUGCUCGCUCUCGACGCCGCCGCCACGCUUUUCACCGUCAUUGCGGGUAUCGUCCUGGCUGCCAAGUUGGGCGCUGUCAACUGUGGAGAUACUGCCAAGGGUCAUCAUGGACGCGGCUGGAUCGCGUACGGGAGUGGCGAUGACUCGAAGCGGUGCAGGGAGAUUCAGGCGGGGACGGCGUUUAUGUGGUUUCUUUUUGCGGCGUUUGCGGCGGCGUUGACGAUGGCGGUUAUGAGCUGGAGGAGGACGGGCCGAAGCGUGAGGAGCGGCGGGCCGACGAUGUCUCAGGUGGGCGUCUAAACGAUGGCGAGAUAUGAUGGUGGUUGGAAACUUGAUGGUGUGCUCGAGAAGAGUGCUGGAAAGACUGGAUAUCCUGGAUGGUUUUGGUUGCUUGGAUGGUAUGAAACGGGUUAUGAUUGUAAUGCUGGAUAUGAUGGAUCGGUAAAAGGUUAAUGAUCCUCUUUAUGGUUGCGCCACGUCGCGAACUCGAUGAUUAUACCUAGAUCAG